AUGUCAAAGUCGAAAGCAAAUAAUCACAGACCAUCAACAGUGACAUCAGUAACUGAAGAAAUCAAAGUCGUCGUUGUUGGAGAUGGCUAUACAGGCAAAACAACGUUAUGUAUUGUGUAUAAAGAUGGAGAAUAUCCACAAGAUCCGUACGUGCCAACAAUUUUUGAGAAUUAUGCUGCGACAGUGACCGUUAACAAUAAGAAAUAUAUUCUAAACCUAUUCGAUAGUGCUGGACAGGAAGAAUAUGAUCAACUUCGUAUUAUGGCCUAUCCGAAUACGAAUGUAUUUAUUCUUUGUUUUUCUGUUGUUGAUCCUGACAGUUAUUCGAACAUAUUAAGUAAAUGGAUCCCUGAAUUGAAUCUUUUAGGCUAUGCGGCACGUAUACCAAUUGUACUGGUCGGAACGAAAUUAGAUUUGCGUAAUGAUCCAACAACAUUAGAACAAUUAGCCGAAAAAAACCAAAGACCGAUUACACAAUCUCAAGGAGAAUAUUUAGCACGAAUUUGCUCGGCGAAAGCUUACUUAGAAUGUUCAUCGAUGCUGAAUUUCAAUGUUCGAAAUGUUUUUGAACAAGCAAUUGAAAUUCACAACUUCCAAGCACAACGACAUCGACAUCGAAUCAAUGGUGGACGACGAAUUCUAUCAUCGAAAUUAUCUGCAUGUUCAUGGUUUGGUUCGUUAUUGUGCUGUACCAACGGUUCUCGAACAUCGUCAUCGAAAAGACACACACGAACAAAAAGAGAUAAACAACAUCGUUAUACCAUGUGA